UACUCCUUGACAACAUCUAUUUGAUCUUUCCGCUUUAAUUUAAUUAAAAACAUGAAAAUAAAACCUAUUUAAAGACAAAACCCUGUUUAUUUAAAUUGCUUCAAUUAAAAAUAAGUGAAAUGGUGUGAAUUAUUUUGUACUUUCCUGUGAAUAUUAAACAGAAUCUCUCAAGAUGGCUAAGGAAAUGAUGAUAGUUUUCGUGUAUGACACACAAUGCUGUACUUCCGAGGAGGAUGAUCCAAUAGAGGCUGUGCUGUAUUUCCACCCUGGUUGGGUGUCAGACACCCAGCGGCAUGCUCUCGCUGGACAGGUGGUGGGCACAGCACACUGCGUCAAAUCCUUAUUCUCUCCACCAGUUGCAAUAACCCUGCAGAGCGGCAAAUUCAUCAUCAGGGAAUAUGGAAGAUACAUAUUGGCAAUUGGCAGUGAUCGUAACAUCCCUGAUUGGGUACUCAAAAACCGAGCGAAGCUACUCACCUCAAUGAUUAAGGUGUACCACGGCGAUCUGCAGACUCUGGCGUCCCAGAUGGAAGACCAACGCCGACUAUCUGAGAAGCUAUAUCAGAUCUUCGAGACUUACCUGCCAGUGUUGCAGUAUGGGUGUCAUAUAUUUCAAAGGGUGCCAAUGUUAAGUCUUCCAAAGAGCGCCACAUCCGUGUAUAUGGAGUCGAUGCAAAUAUUGGAACAUUGCCGCAAGAGUAAGGGCGUGCUUGGUGGUGUAGUGUUGUAUAAUAACAAAAUAAUCUCAACACAGUUACCACCCAGUUUGACCUCAUACCUCACAGUGGUAGAUCCGUAUAGAAUAAAGUCACCAGCGGAAACACUCGAGACUGAAACGCCCCUACCGCUGGGCGCGCAACUACUAGUUGUAUAUGUAGGCAAGAAAAUGUAUGACAAUCUGAAGAGACAGGUGGAGAAAUUACAGGAAUUCCAUCAAAAUGGAGAAGAGAUGAUUGCCAAGUUUAAAAAGAACCAAGAGUUAGAAAGAGAGAAAAUGCGCGAAUUUCCACAAACGGGUAUGAAAAGAGAUAAAUCACUGCUCUUUACUGCAGUACCAGAGGAAGACCACACCAUGAUAUCUCCACCAAGCAAAGAAGAGAAUAAAGAUACAGAACGAAAACCGAGCAUGCCCGACGUUGUACCAUUCACGAACAAACCACGACCCAGGCCAACAAAACUAUCACUGAGUUUUAAAAACCAGAAAUCUCUGGAUGAAGAAGUUAAAGAGAACGAGAAAGUGUUCACCGGGCAGACAAGUGUAUGUUCUACGCCUAUGGUGGAGUACAAGCGUCUACACGGCAACAUAUUGUCCAUCUGUCAAAACCCAGAUGGUCAACAGCAACCAGAAAAUGAGCCUGAUGUUUUGAAGAACGUAGAAUCGUGUGCCAAACUUAACAUAGAGAACGAAAAGCGUGACAAUAAAAUUGUUCUCGACCUGAACUGCAUCGCAGAUCAUUAUAUUAACAAACCUGAGCCUAUGCGUAAACUAGCCAGUGUUACAGAUAUACAGGACACUUAUAAGAAGACCUCAGAUAGAGCAACAUCCAAAUUCAAGUUAAAACACACGAAAGUACCUCUCUACGAUGACAUGUCGCCCUCCUCGGAGGACAGUCUACAAAAAUCAUUUAGUUCAAUGACCAUAAACGACCCUUCGUUUCCAGUAUUCAGAAACGAUGGGGUAGCUAUAUCUGAAUCGCUCUUCAACCAAUAUUUAGAACAAUACUAUUCUAGAAUUAAGGAAGAAUCCAAAGAGGACAAUAUGUUUACAUUCCACAUGAAGUUGUGUGAGAAAGAGAAAUUUGAAGACUUCGAUUCUGAAAUGACAAAGUCUCCACAGCGUACACCAAAGAAAAUACCCAAAGAUUCUAAUAAAACGUUAUCGUCGGACCAGUCCAGGCGAAAAUCGUUGUCGCUGCCUCUAAAAUCGUUGUCAGAGAGUUCAGAUUCGCAGAUAGGUUCGGAUCCUGAAGCCGUGGGGUUCAAGAAGAAGUUGACUGGAGUUCAAUUAACGCCUUUGAUGGAGAAGUUGAGUCAUUUGGCGUUUUCAGACAAAUCAAGUGGGUACAGUAGUAGAGUGAUGACACCUUUAGAGCUUAGGGAGUUUCUCACGCCCGCCACCGAGAGACAAAUUACGUUUUCUGACAGGCCGAAAACACAAUGUCAGGUGUCGGACAGUGACUCGGACAGCUCGUCCGAGUGCGACGGUCCGUCCGGGUCGUCCGGGCCGUCCGGGGAGAGCGCGGUGCGGUGCGCGCUGUUCGUGAGCGGCCUCCACAACAUGGCGCUGCUGGCGCUGCUCGACACCAGCGCCGGACACUGCCCGGACACCAUCAGCGCACUGUGGGAGACAUCACUAAACGCCCUGGGACCGAUCGAGCAGAAGUGCAUGGAACCACUGGGAGCGGGCAGCGAGGCGGCUGACUACAGCUACCUGACGUUGGACCCCGACUGGGGCACCGUCAGGAAGGGCGGACCCUGGCCGGCUCUCGAUAUCGCUACCAUGGGGCUCAUACACAACGAGUUCGGCGAAGAUCCGGAACUUUCUGAACUCAUUUUAAGGAGCUCGGAAGGUGUGGUGGUGGGAGCGGCGGGCGGCGGCGCGCACGCGUACUACGCGGAGGGCGGGCGGCGCUGGGGCGGCCCGCCGCCGCCCUCCGACCCCCUCGCGGCCGCCCCCCUGCGAGCUCGACGACGUCUCGCCAGAGACCACUCCACCCUCGUGCUGUAACUCGCCCCGCCGCAAACACGACCUAAUGCUCACCUCUGGUUUUUAAUUAUUUCCUUACCUCAUACAAAGUUAGUCGAAAAGGGUAUACUAAGUCGCUAGUAAACAUAUUUUAUUAUAUUACUAAUAAUUAAUUGACCCAGCGUGAUGGUUUCUGAUAUUUUUCUGUUACACAAAUAUAUACAUGUAUUAUUUAUUACAAAAAAACGGCAACCCUAUUCUUUGGUGUUCGACCAGAAGCAGCUCAAAAAAAGCAUGCCUCCUAUAUCACUACAUAUAUACUAUUAUGAUAAAACUGAUGACAGCUGAUGUUAGGGUUGUUAUUGUAUUUUUUAUAUAAGAACUUCGAACACAUUUUUCUUGAAAUGCUUAUGCAUA